AUGGCACGCAUUGUGAACAUGAGCUGGAUAUCUGGUUCUGACUGGUUCUUUUGUUCCAUAGGACAAGUAGACUUGGACCUGCUACGCAGCCAGCAGCUGAAGCUGUACAUCCUGAAAGCAGGGCGGGCGCUGCUUUCCCACCAAGACAAACUAAGACAGUAUCUACUGUCUCAGCCCGGGACUCUACAUGCAGAUGAUGGAGCAGCUGCAUCCCCUGACCUCGGGGACAUGUCACCUGAAGGGCCACAGCCUCCGAUGAUCCUCCUGCAGCAGUUAUUGUCCUCAGCCACCCAGCCAUCUCCUGUGAAAGCCAUAUUUGAUAAACAGGAACUUGAGGCUGCUGCCUUGGCCCUCUGUCAGUGCUUGGCUGUGGAACCCACACCCCCUUCCAGUGCAGGCUGUGAAGACUGCAGCUCCAGUGUGGAAGCCUUGGUUGGGUGGCUACUAGACCACUCUGAUGUCCAGGUUACAGAGUUCUCGGAUGCGGACACAGUAUCUGACGAGUAUUCAGACGAGGAGGUGGUGGAAGAUGUGGACGAUACCCCAUACCCUGUGGCUGCUGGUGCUGUUGUGACUGAGAGCCAGACUUACAAGAAGCGUGCUGACUUCCUGAGUAACGAUGACUACGCUGUGUAUGUGAGAGAGAACGUUCAGGUGGGAAUGAUGGUUCGAUGCUGUCGAGCAUAUGAAGAAGUGUGUGAAGGUGAUGUGGGCAAAGUCAUCAAGCUGGACAGAGAUGGAUUGCAUGACCUCAAUAGACACGGUUCCCAGAAAGUUAGCACUAAUCAUAGUGUGUUUGCCAAGAACUCCUUAGGUUAUCCCCCACCGAAUUCUUCUUCUCACAUCAAGAUUGGUGAUAAAGUACGGGUCAAAGCUUCUGUAACCACACCAAAAUACAAGUGGGGAUCCGUUACUCAUCAAAGUGUGGGGCUCGUGAAAGGGCAGUCUGCAGUCUUCUGUGGCCGUUCCGGAAAGCAGCUGAAGCUCUGUCACAGCAGUCAGCCUGGAAUGCUGCUAGACAGCUGGUCGCGGAUGGUGAAGAGUCUGAAUGUGUCGUCCUCUGUGAACCAGGCCUCUCGUCUCAUUGAUGGCAGUGAGCCCUGUUGGCAAUCAUCUGGAUCCCAAGGGAAGAUCCUGCAGACAGUAGCUACAUGCCAUCCCUGGUCGUGGUGUCAGGUGGAAGUUCCUUAUAACCUAAUUGAACUAAAGACUAUUAAUAUCAACCAAACUGACACCACCGUGCCCCUGCUGAAUGACUGUGCCGAGUAUCACAGGUACAUUGAGAUCGCAAUAAAGCAGUGCAGGAGCUCAGGGAUCGAUUGCAAAAUUCACGGUCUCAUCCUGCUGGGACGCAUCCGGGCUGAGGAGGAGGAUUUGGCAGCGGUUCCUUUUCUGGCUUCAGAUAACGAGGAGGAGGAGGAUGACAAAGGCAGCACUGGGAGUCUCAUUAGAAAGAAGACUGCCGGGUUGGAGUCAGCUGCUACAAUAAGAACCAAAGUGUUUGUGUGGGGCCUGAAUGACAAGGACCAGCUGGGUGGGCUCAAAGGCUCUAAGAUCAAGGUUCCUUCAUUCUCUGAGACUCUGUCCGCUCUGAAUGUGGUUCAGGUGGCUGGUGGAUCUAAGAGUUUGUUUGCAGUGACUGUGGAAGGGAAGGUGUACUCCUGUGGAGAAGCCACAAACGGCCGGCUGGGGCUGGCUAUGUCCAGCGGGACGGUCCCUAUUCCUCGGCAGAUCACAGCCCUCAGCAGCUACGUGGUCAAAAAGGUAGCGGUCCACUCAGGUGGCCUGCACGCUACAGCCUUAACAGUGGAUGGGAAAGUGUUCUCGCGGGGUGAAGGUGAUGAUGGGAAACUUGGACACUUCAGUAGAAUGAACUGUGACAAGCCAAGGCUGAUCGAGGCCCCGAAAACCAAGCGCAUCAGGGACAUAGCCUGGGGCAGUUCUCACAGUGCAGCCCUGACGUCCAGCGGGGAGCUGUACACCUGGGGCCUGGGCGAGUAUGGCCGCUUGGGACACGGUGAUAAUACCACACAGCUGAAGCCCAAAAUGGGGGAAAGGGGACUACUCCAGACUGGGCCACGGCUCAGAUGUGCACGUGCGGAAGCCACAAGUGGUGGAGGGACUGAGAGGGAAGAAGAUCGUGCAUGUGGCGGUCGGAGCCCUGCACUGCCUGGCGGUCACAGACUCGGGACAGGGCCCUCCCAAAUUCAUGGCUCUGCUGGAGAGAACACAUUGGCAUGGCAGCCACAGCAAGUGAUGCAGGCCCUGAAGAAUUUCCCAUUCCCAUGCAAGGCGAGGAUGUUCGGACUGAUUAUGACUUCUAAGUCAGUCCACACUCUGACACUGUCAGACAUUAAACUUGUGGCAGCCAUUGGCAACCUGGGAACUCCUCCAGCCUCCGGCGUGGUCGACACGGAGAAAACUCACAGUAUAGAGAAUGAGCCACAGCAAGCCUGCAUGGCAGUCACGACAGUUCUUUCAGAAAUCAUCAGACAUUUCAAACCUUCUGUUCUGAUGCCCGUGUGCUCUCCUGGGAAAAGUGGCAUAGACCACAGUACUGCCGAAGACUUGUGGAUUCAGGCUAAAGAGCUGGUGAGACAUUUGAAAGAGAACCCGCAACUUGACUUUGAGAAUGACUGGAAACUCAUCAAUGUGUUCUUCAGUAACACAAGCCAGUGUCACCUGUGUCCCUCUGCUCAGCAGAAAAGGCAUCUGGUGAAGAACAUGGAAAAGCUGUGUGAGAUGCUGGAUUACAUGCACCAGGAGGUUGUUUCCAGGUUCUGGCUAUUACAAGUAAUGCUGCUAUGAAUAUUGUUGAACAAGUGUCCUUGUUGUCGAAGGAUGAGCCCAGCACCCGAGCUUCGCAAUUGCUCAGAGGAGACAACCAAGUUGUCCAAGGCUGUCAUGCAGUGGUCCUAUAAGGAAACCUGGGAAGGUCUCCUGGUCUCCAGCAAGUUCAACAAAUAUGAAUCCUUCACAGUGGUUUUCCAGCCUUCUAUGAGGUAGAACCACCUUCGGAGAGGUCCUCGCCCCAGGAUCCCAGCAUGCUCACCCUCAGGAUCUGGAACAACAUGAUGAAGCCAGUGGGUCACAAAGAUGAACUGUUUGAUGCAUCGGAGAGAGAGAGGCUGGAAUGUCUGUCUCAGGAGAGCCCCUAUCUGUUCACCUACAGAAAUAGCAACGACCAGGCCAAACAGCUGAAACCCAUAGGAAGACUUCAGGUGAGAGAAGGCACAGAGUUUAGCUGUUUGGACAAGGACCCCUCGGACACUGUCCCCACCACAGGCAGGCGGCAGCAUAGGUUGGACUCAGCAGGGGCGGCGAGGAGGGGACAUGGAGUGGUCCUGUGCGUGGAGGGCAGCUAACA